AUGCUCCCACUGUCAGUGGCGCUGUGCCAGCAGCCAGCUCGCUGCGAUGGAGUCAAGCUCAGCGCCGUCUCGUGCUGCGUCACGCACAUCGACGAGCUGCCGGCGCAGUUUCGCGGCUGCGGCGUGGUGUACCUCUCCAGCAACAGCCUGCGGUCGCUGGAGGGCGCCGACCAGUUCCAGGGCCUGCGCGUGCUGUCCGCGGCCAGCAACCUGAUUGAGCGCGCGGACGAUGUGGUGGCGCUGCUCAAUUGCCCGCAGCUGGAGGUGCUCACGCUGGAGGGAAACCCCCUGGCGCAGCUGCCAAACUACCGGGCGCGCGUGCUGGCGCUCCUGCCGCGCCUGCUGUCGCUCGACGGGCGUGCGGUCACGGCGGAGGAGCGCGCACGUGCGGCGGUGGCGAUUCAGGCCGAGGCGGCGUGCACGGCCGUCAUGCUGAGCAACGCGUGCCUCGUGCACAAGCUCGCCCAUGCGUCGCGCCUGCUGCAGCUGCACGCCGAGCUGCGGCGCGCGCUGUUCGGCGCCGGCGCCCGCAUGGGCGCGCUCAUGCUGCCGACUGCAGUGGAGGUGGAUGUCCUGCGGCUGCUCAGGCUGUGGGAUUACGAGGGCUCACUGGGAGACAGGGAGCGCGCGGCCAUCCUGGGCGCCCUGCAGCGGGAGGUGGUGCGCGUCCACCGCCAGCUGGCGCGGGCCACCGCGGAGCUCAAGCCAGGCGGGGGGCGGCUCACGGCGCUGCAGUCCUGGGACGUGGCCUACUCCCAGGUGAUGCUGGCGCAGCAGCGCACCAUCACGCAGCUGAUCGAGUCUGUCAACGCUAGCCAAGCAGCUGCCCAGCGCACGGCGCAUGACCUGCUGGCUGGCGCUGCGGCCGAUGCUCAGGGGCGGCAGGAUGCGGCGAUGGCGGGGCACCGGCUGGAGCGGUGA